AUGGAGAAUCCGAGCUCUUCUUCAACCAUAGAAAAACUUCAACAAGAUUGUUAUAACGAGUGGAUGAGUUUACAAGCCAAACGCAUGACAGAGCUUAAACAAGCUUUAUCCAACGAUGAAAAAGAAGAUGACAAGCUUCGAGAUUUGAUACGAACCGUGAUCGGAGAGUUUAAAGAUUACGCCGCAAAACGAUGUGAACAUUCCCGUCGAUAUAGCUCAAACUAUUUCGCUCCGACAUGGAACACUUGUCUCGAAAACUCACUUCUUUGGAUUGGUGGUUGUCGUCCUUCUUCGUUUAUCCGACUCGUUUACGCCAUGUGUGGUUCCCAAACCGAGCUCCGGCUAAACACUUUCCUCCGUACCAACAACAUCGACGACCUAAGCACCGUCCUCCACGGCGAGACACGCGGCGGAAUCGACGGAGGAGGAGAGUCGAUGAGUGAUCUAACGGCUGAGCAAUUAUACAAGAUCAACGAGCUUCAUCUGAAAACGGUGGAAGAAGAGAAUAAACUGACUAUACGAUCGGCGAGUUUACAAGAAGACACGGCGGAUAUGCCAAUCGCCGUCACGGCGUUUUACAAAGAAGUGAUCGGAGAAGCUGACGUGGCGGUGGAGCGUGCGCUUGAUAAACAUGAAAAAGAUAUGGCUGGUUUGCUUGCAGAAGCUGAUAAGCUUAGGCUAACCACGUUGACAACGAUCGUUGACAUUUUGACGCCGGUUCAAGCGGCGGAUUUUCUUCUCGCCGGGAAGAAACUUCAUAUGUCGAUACAUGCGUGGGGGAGGUUGAGAGAACAAAGUCGGCUUGAAGCUAGUGGUGGUGGUAAUUCCGGUGGAGAAGUUGCCGGAGAGUAA